AUAGUGAGUCUCAUAUUUGCUUCUGUGUAAAGCUCCUUGUUAAGCUAAAUAGCCCCUUUUGUGCUAAGAGUCUGAUAUCUAUAGUUAUCUUCUCAAUACUGCACUUAUUAUUCAAUGACACUUGCUAGGGAUUAUAGUUUUCCAACUGCUAUGUCUUCAUCUUUUGCAACUCUAGAAGAGAGACACCACCGUAACUUUCCUAACAUUUUGUGGGUUUCAUCAGGACAGGAACUGAUGAAUAACAACCCCGUCCCCUGUCAGGCAUUUCCGCUGGUCUCUGGUGGCAGUUCUGGUGGGAAUUCGUUUUCAUCUUCUUCCGGAUUCUGCAAUGGUGUCUAUGUUUCAUCUUCCUCCCAGGCACGGCCGCCCGUUUCUACAGUGCCAAGAGGCAGAACGACUGUUGCUCAUGUCUCUGAAGAAGGGCAGAGGCAGGAAUGUUCUUUUGAUACACAAUCUUUGCAAGUGAUCAAUCAGCCUCAAGAGCAGAGAAAUAUGACCUGGUCUUUAGAUCAGCUUCAGGGCUUCUUUGACAUUCCUGUUCCGGUUCCACAAGCGGAGAGCAGUAGAACUAUGGUCUCUUCCAAGGAAGUCCAUUCAAAAAACGAAUGGCCAGACUGGGCGGACCAGUUGAUGUCUGAUGAUGGUCUUGAACCAUGGUCAGAGCUUCUAGGUGAUUCUAAUGCCCUCAAUCUAGAUUCAAAGAUACCAACACCCUCUUCUGAUAUGGUAAGGCAAGAGAUAGUGCUUAAUAAUCAGCAUCAGGUGGAUCCAUCAAUGGAUCCUUUUAAUGCCAAAAACUCACCAGCUAGUUCAAUGACAAUGGAUCCUUUUAAUGCCAAAAACUCACCAGCUACUCCUUGUUAA